CUGGAAACCAACAAAGGGAGCAUUUCCGUUUCCAGCAGCAGUCCUCCAGAUGUGAUAAAAGCAUAUCAAGAGCAAUUUCAGCAUGAUUUUUCGAUGUUUUUAAUGUCUAGAUCAAAAGAACUUGUAGCAGGGGGACGAAUGGUCUUGACAUUUUUAGGAAGGAGUGGCGAUGAUCCAUCAACCAAAGAAUGUUGUUACUUUUGGGAACUUUUGGCCUUGGCUCUCAAUGACUUGGUCUCCCAGGGACUUAUUGAAGAAGAGAAAAUGGACUCCUUCAACCUUCCUCUUUACUCACCAUCUCCAACUGAAGUAAAAUCAGAGAUCUUGAAAGAAGGAUCCUUUGACAUUGAUGCCCUGGAGGUCAACAAAAUGAUCUUGUAUGGACAGCCUGACCCAAAUGAGCUUAGCCUGCACAAUUUACUCAAUGAUGGUGGAUACGCUGUUGCAAGGUGCAUUAGAGCUGUGACUGAGCCGUGGCUUGCAGGUCACUUUGGUGAAGCCAUCAUCGACCAGGUUUUUGAACAUUACAGAGAAAUUGUUGGCGAUCGCAUGUCUAAGGAGCGGGGUGAGAUCGUCAAUAUCACACUUUCCCUCAUAAAAUGUUGAUGGAUCAACAUGUUCAACUAGCUAGGAGGAUUAGUUAAUGGCUCUCUAAAUAACAUCCAUCCUCUGCUACUAGAAUGCUAUAAAGGAAUUGCACUCAAGUCUGGGGAAUCAACCAUGUUCGUAAGAUGUGUUCGUAACUUGUGGCUAUUAUUACGUGUUUUACAGUAUUUCUGUUGUAUGGACCGCAUAAUAAUUGAGGCACUUCUGU